UAUAACAUGUUGAAUUACAUGUUUUCUUUAUUAAAAUAUUUUCUUUAAUAAAACAUCAAUUCUUUGCAUAUAAUUUAAAAUUAUUUGUUUAUUUUACUGUCUACUACUCCUGUCUCCAUUUCUACUCAAAAUGGGCGAUGUUAAAUCGGCAGCGAGUGUUAAAAAGAAUCACAGUCAUUACUCAUUUUCGUCUGGGCAGACGAAUUCCCACGUCAUAUGUAAAUCGGACGCUAAUGUUUGUUAUACUUCGAAGACUCAGAGCGCCAGUUACAUCGGCUCCAAGGGUACCAACUCAGUAUCCAAUAAAGAGUAUUACAAAAACUACGAGCACGAUGAAAUUCCCGUCAAGGAUGAUAGCAGUUUCAACGACCACUCGUUCAGUGAGGACAACAAUUCUACAUCAAGAGACCAUAAGGACUCCCUUACAAAUUCAGAUCUCGAUAAACUAGAAAUGAAUAUAUUCAGCAAAAUGUCCCAAGAGUUACAAACCGACGACGAAGUGAGCAGCCUUGAUUCAAACAUUAAACUCUUCAAGUCUACAGUCCAACAAAUCUUUGACAAUUUUUAUACCAACAUGAACGACUUUGAACUGUAUAAGAAAAAGUUUAAAGAAAUCUUGGAAAAGAAUAAAGGAGAAUCAUUCACAGAAAUGGAGGAUUUCAUUAAAGAUAUGAUUCACAGUAUAGGAUCGUCUAAUUCGGUUAGUGACAAAGAAAUACCGGAAAAUCAACAAAUUUCAGACCAGGCGGUAGUAAAAUCGAGCAAAGUUAACGUAGAAGAUUCAAAAAAAUCUGAUAAAGAAGUUUCUGAUAUGGAUAGUUUUCUAAACAACAAUUAUUUGACGGAUUCUACUUUUGACGACAACAGUUCUAAGUUUAAUCCUGACGUUAAGCCAAAAGACACAAUUUUUACUGUAGAUCUAGCGUCCUAUAUUGAGAGUGUGGAAUUUAAUGUAGCAAAUCGCAAAAUGCUUUCUGAAAUAAACAUCAGAGCAAAGAACAUUGGUAUUACAGAAAACCAGGUGGCAUCUGCAGAAAACAUACAAAAGAUAACAGCUAAAAAAUUUCAAAUAGAAAACUAUGUGAAACUAGAGCAAGAGAGUCGUGCCAAGGAUAGAGAAAUACCAGUAAAAAUUGCCAGUGUGAAGAAAAACAUACACUUGGAUGAAAAUUUUAAUUGUGAAAUAAUAGAAGAGGAGAGUAAAUUCUUCCUUUUUAAAAUAUGUAAUUAUAUCUGCAGAAAGCUCCGCAGGAGUUAACCCGGUUAACCUUGUAUUUCUAAUAAAACCAUAAAAAAUU